AUGGAGCGCUCAGAGCCCGGCUCCUCUGGAAAACGCACAGCCUUGGAGCUGAGGCUGCAGACUGGGACCACGCUGGAUCCCGUGCACCUGGAAGCGUUGCUCUGGCUGCUCAUCUCUUCUUGCUGGGUUUGGAGCUUAGGCUGUGGGAUGAUGGAGACACUGCUUGGCAACCUGGGGAAGGCAACGGUCCUGGGGAUCCCCCCUUACUUCCAGAAUCUCACCCAGCACUUUGGAACAGUCACAUGGAAGAGGAGCAUGGAAAACCCACUAAGCAAGGAAUACUUGUGCACGUACUACAAAGGUAACUACACCAACUACAAGCUGGGACAGAUUCUCUUCCCCAACUUCUCACUGGAGAUCCUCAGCACCCAACGGCUUGACCAGCAGCUCUGUGAAUACUCUGUCACCAUGGAAGCAGGGGAGAAAAACUGGCAGAUCCGACUGGUGGUGUAUGAACCCGUGUCCGAUCCCAGCAUCCACAUCCUCGACUGGAUGCUGGCCAAUGACAGCAGCACAGUCACCCUCAACUGCACAGCAGCACAAGGGGACAACGUGUCCUGCAGCUGGGCCAGCUCUGAGGCCAGCACCUCGUCGCUCUGCACCCACAACAGCAGCCUCUUGCUGCUCUCCUCUGACCCCACCAACAGCACCCUGCCUCGCGCCUGCACUGCCAGCAACCCUGUCAACUGCUGCACCACCGCCCUCCAUUCCUCCAUCUGCAGAUCCGAGGAGCAAGGCAGCUGGAGGACAGGGAUGCUGCUGCUGCUGGGGGUGGUGCUGCCCAUAAUGAUCCUGAUGGUGCUUGCCGGGGCCUUCACUGUGGCCUAUGUGGCUGCAAACAUGAGACAACCAAGGGAGCAGUUGCCUCUGGCUGAGGAUAGCACAGUGCACAUCAUCUACUUUGAGGUGCAGCGGGUGGAGAAGCCGAAGUCCCCCUGCAGCCUGGGCUCUGAUCACCCCACCUGCACCACCACUUAUGCUGCAGCCACUGGCACAUCCCUGGCCCCCCACAGCUCUCAGGGGAUUUUGCCCAUCCCUGCGGAAAUGGGACACGCUGCUCCCGGCCCCGAAGCAUCGCGCUGAUGAUCGCUGGAGCAACGCGUAUGGCCGAAGGAAGGAAAGAAAGCAAAGAGAGCAGCGCCGGGACAGGACGAGACAACAGCAGCGCUCGGAGGGACGAACUCGCCAGGGGGAGCCCAUAGGGGACAA